UGUGAAUGAGAAAAGUAUUGGUGGGACAGAUUUUCUAGCACAACCUACACAAAGGGGAACAAAUAUUUUUCAGUUUGGCACUCGGAAAGAAAGUACUAAUCACAGGUUGGACCUGGGGCAGAAUAAGGAGAACGAAAUUGGUUUUAACUGGGACGAUAGUACUUUGUUUACUCAUUCGAUCCAGCUCCAUGCAAGUGACAACAAUGGCCAACCUAAUCGACGACAAGUCAAAAUAUCAAGCAAGAACAGGAAAAAAAAGGCUGAAGAAGCGGGUAUAAGGGAAGUAGAGAGAGUAGGAAAACGACAGCAGCUGGAGUUACAUGACGAGGGUUAUAGCUCAACGGCGGAGACUGCAUCGCAGUCCCGCCGAAAUCAAUGAGUUGCAUAUUCUGGAAUUGUCAAGGGCUCGGGGCUCCCUUGACAAUUCAUACGCUCGGGGAUAUUCUCCGAGAUCAUCGGCCCCUGCUGGUGUUUCUCUCGGAAACGAGGGCAACACACCAAUUAAUUGAUAAAGUAAAGAACAAAUGGAAUCUCAAUGGGGUGAGUGUGGACAAGAUUGGCAAUUCUGGCGGUCUAGCAUUAAUGUGGCAAAAAGAUAUUGAUGUAAGGUUAAUUAGUUAUUCGAACAACCAUAUUGAUGCAGAGGUUUAUGAGAGGAACCACAACAGCAAAUGGCGAGUAACUGGAUUUUACGGCUAUCCGGAAUAUGAUCGAAAAUACUUAUCAUGGGAACUCAUUCGUAAUUUAAGAGACCAUCGCACUAUGCCGUGGUUAUUGGGUGGGGAUUUCAACGAAAUACUGAGCAAUAGUGAGAAAACCGGGGGCAAUGCAAGGCUGCCAGCUUCUAUUCGGGCUUUUCGUAAUACUUUGGAAGAUUGCAGCUUGUCUGAUUUAGGUUUUGAAGGCUCGCCUUUCACGUGGUCGAACAAUAGACAAGCCCCGGAUACAGUUAGGUGUAGAUUAGACAGAUGUUGUGCAAAUAAUGGUUGGAUUUCACUUUUCCCCCGCGCAAGUGUCUAUCAUUUGAAUUACUCUGGAUCAGACCAUUUGCCAAUAAAAGCUAUACUUCGUGACUCAAAAAAUGUCCAAACUUUGCGGAAGAAGAGACCAUUCAGAUUCGAAGCUACCUGGUUUAGAAGAGAUGAUUGUGAGGAUAUCAUUAACCAAUAUUGGGCUAAUAAUCAGUGUAUUGAUCCGAUCGAGGAUCUUCUCUGGAAAAAUAAUGAGUGUCGUAUUGCUUUGAUCAAUUGGAGCAAAAAUACACUAAGGCAGCCUCAGGUUCACAUCAAAUCUCUCCACACAAAAAUUCGUGAGCUGCAAGAAGCCGAUCAAACCGAAGCUAGAAAGGAGGAAAUUUCUAAACUCCGGGCUGCACUGGAGAAAGCCUAUGAGGAUAAUGACAUGUAUUGGCGUCAGAGAAGUAAGAUUCAAUGGAUACGGGAAGGGGAUCGGAAUACUCGGUUUUUUCACUCCAAAGCUACUAUUAGGAACCGAACUAACAGAAUGUCCAAGCUGAAAGAUAAUGAGGGUUGUUGGAAGGACAAAGAAGCGGAUAUCGAACACAUUAUCACAGAACAUUUUGAGCAGAUUUUCAAAUCCACUAAUCCUAGAGAAGAUGAGAUAGAUGAGGUGCUGGAGAACAUUGAGACGAGAGUUACCGGAAGCGCGAGUCAACUUCUGUCUAUGCCUUUCACUUCGGAUGAGUUUGGAUCCGUUCUUCCCUCCAGAGGGCUUCGACAGGGAGAUCCUUUAUCUCCCUAUUUAUUUAUUUGUUGUGCUGAAGCUUUGAUAGCUAUGGUUUCAAAAGCAGUGGAAAGAGGCGAUUUUAAAGGUGUUCAUGUGGCCCCGACAGCUCCCGUGGUAUCCAAUUUGUGCUUUGCCGAUGAUACCCUCAUUUUCGGUGAAGCUACUGAGUCAUAUGCAGCAAACUUAAAGGAAAUCUUGGCUACAUAUGCGAGAGUAUCUGGACAAGAAAUUAAUUUUGAGAAAUCUACAAUGAUGUUUAGUCCAUCGACUUCUCAGGAGAUAAAGAAUUCAAUUCACCAGCUUCUCGGAUUUCAAGUGGUGGAACAGCAUGACAAAUACUUGGGCAUGCCUGCUACUAUGGGCAAAACCAAAAAAGAGAUCUUCUCCUUCUUGCGUGAUCGUGUUUGGUCCAAGAUUAACGGUUGGGGGGAAAAACAAUUAUCAAAGGCUGGGAAAGAAGUUUUAAUCAAGGCGGUAUUACAGGCAAUACCUUCAUAUAUUAUGAGUUGUUUCUUGCUACCAAACGGUCUUCUUCUAGAAAUUGAAUCGGUCAUCCGACGGUUUUGGUGGGGGUCGGGAGCGAACAGAGGAUUGGCAUGGACAUCGUGGAAGGAGUUGUGUCGAUCUAAGGAUCAAGGUGGGCUUGGUUUUAGAGAUAUGCGGACUUUCAAUAUUGCACUUCUUGUAAAACAAGCGUGGCGAGUUUUAACUAACCCGGAUCUACUUCUUUCAAAAAUUAUCUCCGCUAAAUACUUUCCACAUGGCUAUUUAUUAUCGGCGGAUCUGGGGUCGCGUCCAUCUGCAACAUGGAGGAGUAUUUGGACCGUAAUCCCGUAUUUGAAGAUGGGCAUCCGUAGAAGAAUUGGCAAUGGGGCGGAUACUUCUAUUUGGUCGGAUCCUUGGUUACGAGAUGGUGGUAAACUCGUGGUUUUCACAAGACGUCCAAUUCACUCGGGGUUCCCUAAUAGAGUCUCGGAUAUUAUCGAACCAGAAUCAGGCGAAUGGGAUUUAAAAAUUUUACACGAAGUCUUUUGGCCGGUGGAUGUUGAACGUAUAUUGGCUGUCCCGGUGGGAAGUGUUAUGGCAAAAGAUAGGUGGAUAUGGCAUUUCUCUAAGCACGGUAACUUCACGGUUAGAUCUUGCUAUCACCACAUUCUUUCUUGCGCUAUGACUAUGGUAAGUCGUCGAAGAAAUGAGUCUGGUUCGUAUAGUGGAGUACAGCAACAAAACUGGAAAUAUAUUUGGCAACUCCCAAUCCCACCAAAAAUUCGCAUGUUCCUUUGGCGACUGAAAUCUAAUAUCAUUCCAACCAAUGCAGAAUUAUUUCGACGAAAAAUCAGUUCAUCGCCCCUUUGCAGCACGUGUCACAUUGAAGAAGAAACUCCCCUACAUGUCAUUCUAAAAUGCAGGGGUAUGGAGAAGGUGUGGCGGAGUCACCCAUUUGAUACAUUGGAAAGCCACAACUAUUCAUCAAUAUGGAACUGGACUAGAAAAUUGAAGCAAUCACUUGAUGAGGAAAAUUUCAAUAUUGCAAUGGUGGUUGCAUGGAAGGCUUGGGACAACAGGAAUCGAGCUAUGAAAGAUGAAGAGGUUAUUAAGUCAUGUGAUUUGGUCAGUUGGUGCCGCCAUUUUUUAGCAGCUUAUAAAUCUGCACAAAUUUGCCCAAAUUCGAGGAUGCGGGAUAUACACCCUAGUGUUUGGAAACCACCCCCUAGUAAUGUGGUUAAAUUAAAUUUUGAUGUUGCAUUUCCAAAUGGGGAAAGUUUCUUUUCGGUGGGAAUGGUUGCUCGGGAUAGUUAUGGUUCUUGUCUCGGUUGGAAAGUAACACGCAUACAGGGAAAUCUUCAACCUGUGGAAGGAGAAGCAUUGGCGGCGUUGAAGACGAUCUCUAUGGCCAAAUCGAUGGGCUUAACAAAUAUUAUACUUGAAGGCGAUUGCCUCCAAGUGAUAAAUGCACUCAACAGCAGGGAGUGGGAAUUCUCAUCGUUCGGAGCGUUUGUGGAGGAAUGCCUCAACAUUGGUGAAAGUUUUGAUUCUUGUUCGUUUAAUUUUGUUAAGAGACAGGGAAACUUGUUAGCUCACUGUAUUGCUCAAAUUUCAUGUACUGUUUCUAUGGAGAGUAUUGAUCUCCCGUUGCAUUUAGCGAAUAUCGCUUAAUAAAAUUCCCUUUUAUUGUCAAAAAAA